UAACAAACAGAUCCCAUUCUUCCUUAUCAGUCUGCCACCAACAGUCACCGAAUUAGAACGAGCCGCACUUAUCUACCGCUCAAGAAAUCUCCCAUACACUGGCUCUCAUGUCAGAAGUUGAGAAUCUGGAGGCGAGCGCUUGCUUAGCUAGCCCUACAUCCAUUAAUACGAAGAUCUUCCCAGAGUCAAGCUUUUUCCAGGAGCGGCGAGGUUCUACACUACCGUCACCAGCAGAGGUCCGGGCCCUUAACGAAGCAUCAGGGCACGAUCGUGCCACUUCAUUCAAUCGCCCAUGCCCGGUUGUUUUUCCUUCUCUUGAUAUGAUCGUUAAGUAUGGGGCCGACGUCACUAUAAACGAGGCCGAGACCCAAGCCUUAAUACGUCAGCUGCUGCACGGGCAAGUGCCAAUUCCUGAGGUCUUUGGCUGGGCUGAAGAGAGAAAGCAGACGUUUAUCUAUAUGGCUUGGGUCAAGGGCGACACUUUGCAAACACGAUUUGCUAACAUGGACGAGAAUGAACGACAAGCUGUAUGCAACGAACUAAAGGGCAUGGUGGUAUAUCUAACUUCGACAGGGAGCAUUAACAAACGUCCACUAAACGAUAUCUUUGUUUAUCCUUCCCCAGAGCUCGCAGGCCUAUUUCUCGGCUCGGAGGCAGUACAGAAAUUUCAUGACGCAUGCGAUGUCGACAUCGGCAGGCCCAAUCCGAGGGUUGUUGCGAUCCUGGACUGGGGCCAGUCGGGCUGGUAUCCUUGGUAUUGGGAAUAUUGUAAGGCGAAACGGGUGGGCCGGCUUGAGACUUGCUUUGUUGCUACCAUCCAGGAGGGGUGGCACACUAAGUAUCUGCCUUUAAUUAUUGACCCGGUCGACGAUGAGUUGUAUUAUCACCCUUGGCUUUAUUUUAUGAUAUCAAAAAUAUAA